GCUGUUUGCAACACCAAAUUCGUCCGCCAACCUUUUCGUCCCUUUCUCUUCCUCCUUCAUCGCGGCAAAUAUGCUCUAGAUUUAAAGCACCAUUGUGCCCUCAACUCUCCAAGCCUCCAAAACCCCGGUUGAAACGCCUGCUUCAGAGACAUGAAGCCCGCCAUUGCAGUGCCCGCCCUCGGGCUGAUGAUCUUUCGGGCUUAUUCUAAAAAGUCAUUGACAACCGGUGGCCUUAUUGCAGCAACUCUCACAGGCAUUGCCCAUGCCGUACAUCCAUGGAACCUUCCCUUCGCCCUGCUCUGCGUCUUCUUCCUUUCCGGUACCCGGGUCACUCACGUCAAAGAAGAUGUCAAGGCCAAGUUGACCAUGGCCUCGAAAGGCACAUCUGGCGGGGAAGGGCCGCGGAACCAUGUCCAAGUCCUCGCGAACUCGGCUGUCGCCUCGAUCCUCUCUCUUCUCCACGCCUACCAACUCCGACAACGAGCAGCCUCUAUUACCCAAUAUCAAGCCAUCCCCGAGGGCUCGUUCUGCUUCGGCUGGGGCGGAGACAUCCUCGUGGUGGGCAUCAUCGCCAACUACGCCGCCGUCGCGGCCGACACUUUCUCGUCAGAGCUCGGUAUCCUGGCCAAGGGACCACCACGCCUGAUCACAUCGCCCACUUUCCGCAAGGUCCCUCCCGGUACGAACGGCGGCGUUACACUUACGGGACUCGGCGCGGGACUGCUCGGGAGCAUGAUCAUCGUUGUAACAUCGAUGCUUCUUGUGCCCUUCUGCAACGACUCUACAGCCGGGAAGGUCGGCGGUGGGCAGCCCUGGACGCUACCGCAGAGGAACAUGCUGAUGUUCGCACUAACACUGUGGGGCGCGCUGGGUAGCGUGCUGGACUCGGUCCUCGGGGCAGUCCUGCAGCGCAGUGUGAGGGAUGUCCGGAGCGGACGGAUCGUCGAGGGCGAGGGUGGCCAGCGCGUCCUGGUCUCGUCUCCAGCCCGCAAGUCGGUACAAAACCAGAAGAGGGCAGAGGUCAAAGCCGCCGCACUCGGUUGGGAGGGAAAGGAUGCGGUUGAGCAGACGGGCGGCUCGGCAGUGGAUGACGCCGAGGGCACGGACAGGUACAAUCCCAAGGAUAAGCACCGGAAGUCAAGCUUUGGCGACGAGAGGCCCUCGAGGGUGGUUGAAUCGGGCUGGGAUGUUCUUGACAACAACGAGGUCAAUUUCCUGAUGGCACUUACGAUGUCUGUGGGCUCGAUGAUGAUCGCAUCCUGGUACUGGGAGCAGCCGUUGGAGGAUCUUCUCAAGUUAUAGUGCUGCAUGUGCUCAACAUUGAGAUGGCCGCGUGCCGACCGGACGGAGGACCGACGACGGAGGACGAGUUUAGUAUAGUGAAACCAAUCUACAGUGAGGCAUAGGCAACGG